CUCUCUCUAAACCCAUAAAAUUCUUUUCAAUUAAGUCUUUCUCUCUCUCUCUCUCUCUAGAAAACAGAAUGAAGCAGUUGAUCCGACGGCUCUCGAGAGUGGCGGACUCCUCGCAGUACUGCCUUCUCCGGUCGGACUCCUCGACGGCGGCGCGACGGGCGCCGAGAAGAACGGAGUCGUUUCGCGUGAAAUUGCGGCGGCGGGCGGCGUCGUCGGAGACGGCGGCGGCGGGGGUGCCGUCGGGGCACGUGCCUGUGUACGUCGGGGAGGAGAUGGAGAGGUUCGUGGUGAGCGCGGAGCUCUUGAACCACCCGGUGUUUGUGGAGCUUCUGGAGAAGUCGGCGCAGGAGUACGGAUACGAGCAGAAAGGCGCUCUCAGAAUCCCCUGCCAUGUCCUUCUGUUCGAGCGCCUUCUAGAAGCUCUCCGCCUCGGUCUCCCUCCUCACUCGCCGCUCCUCCGCGACCUCCUCUCCGAUCACCAUGACCAGAUCCCAAUCUCUUGAUCUUCAAUCUUCAUUUUCGUUUUUUAAAUUUUGAUUCUGUAAAUAUAUGCUUCUCGAUCGGGAAGAUGAGAAGGAGGAAUAUUACGAAGACGACGAAGGAUUUAGGUUUUUCUUUUUGGCCUUUUUUUUUUGUUUUGUUUUGGAUUUGGUGUAAAGGAAAAGAUAUUCUGCUUGUAGUAGGUGCUAGUUGCUCUCUGUUUACUGAAACAGUAGUGUUCAUUUUUUUCGCCGUCCAAUUUCUUUAUGUUUUUUUGUUUAUUAUAUAUAAUGGAUGGUGUUUGGAAUGUCGGAAAGUAUGGGAAAAUGGAGGAAUGUUGAAAUCUCGAUUCUCGACUA